UCUGUCUCUGACCCAACAACAGCUGAUUGUUAAAUAAUUAACAGCUGAUUUGCCAUGUCUGCCCGCGGAUUUCUCAGUGUUUUCGUGUUCGGUGCCCUAUCAGUGGUGGCCCACAGUGCUUCUUUCCGUCCGAAUAUUGUUUUCAUUCUGGCCGACGAUUUGGGAUGGAACGAUGUAGGAUUCCACGGGUCAGACCAAGUGUCAACACCGAACAUCGAUGCCCUGGCUUACAACGGGGUAAUCCUCAACAACCACUAUGUGCAGCCGAUGUGCACACCUUCCAGGUCAGCCCUUAUGACUGGCAUAUACCCCAUACAUACAGGGAUGCAAGGACUGCCUACUCUGGCAGGAGAGCCCAAUGGUCUGCCGCUGACCUACCGUCUACUGCCGGAGUACCUACAGGAGCUAGGCUAUGUGACCAGGGCUGUAGGCAAGUGGCACCUCGGCUUCUACAAGAAGGAGUAUCUGCCAGUGUACAGAGGUUUCCAGUCACACCUGGGCAUGUGGGCCGGCUUCACCAGCUACUACGACUAUCUCCUGCAGGAUAAUUACGGUGGUGUAGAAUACAAUGGUUUUGAUCUUCACCGAGACACAGCUCCCGCCUGGGAGUACAGCGGCAAGUAUGCAACGGAUCUGUUUACUGACGAGGCGGUCGAUAUCAUCCAGAAGCAUAACAAGGAGUCCCCGCUGUUCUUGUACCUAGCCCACCUUGCAGUCCACGCGGGUAACAGAGGCAAGUAUCUGGAGGCACCACAGGAAUUUGUGGACAGGUUCCAACACAUCAAGGAUCCUAACCGCAGGACCUACGCAGCAAUGGUGGCCAAACUGGAUGAGUCAGUGGGCCGUGUGGUUGCAGCACUACAGACCAGGUACAUGCUGGACAACACCAUAAUUGUCUUCACCUCGGACAACGGAGCUCCUUCAAAAGAUUUCAUCUCUGAUUCUACUGUAAAUUUCUAUCCCAACUGGGGUUCAAACUAUCCACUUAAAGGGGCCAAGGAGACUCUAUGGGAGGGUGGAGUGAGGAGUCCCACAAUUAUUUGGUCCAAGCAGUUCCAAAGCAACCCCAGGGUGUACAAUGGCAUGCUCCACAUGACUGACUGGCUGCCUACUCUCUACAGAGCAGCAGGAGGUUUCACCACCAGACUGCCCUCAUACCUGGAUGGGAGAGACCAGUGGAACAGCAUUUCCCUGGGUCUGCCCUCUGUACGUAACGAGACUCUUCUAAACAUCAAUGAGAAGGACAAGAAUGCUGGUCUGAUAGCUGUCUACAAUCCAGGCAGCUUCUACAAGCAGACUUGGAAGAUUGUAUAUGGUAGCUUCAAGAACAAUGAGUUUGACGGGUCGUACCGAGACACCAGAUCACCGGCCAACCCGACGUACAACGUGUCUGCAAUUCUGCUCAGCCUGUCUCACCGGGCUCUCCGCACUAUCUACCCGACAGCCAGCUCCUUCACAAUCCUGAACCUUCGGGCCACUGCGACCGUCACUUGUCAACCGGCCAACAACUCAACACUCAACUGUUGGAAGAGACCUUGUCUGUUCGACCUGGAGCGAGACCCAUGUGAAACUACGGACGUCGCUUAUCAGAACACCUUUGUCACCGAGGCUCUCUACAACCGUUUGGUGGACUUCCGAGCGACUCUCGUACCUCAGACAAACCAGCCCGCAGACCCUGUCCGAUCGGACCCCCGCCGCUACAACAACACCUGGUCCAUCUGGUCGUUAUAACAGAUCUCAUCCUCUCUCAUCCCGCCAAAUUAUUUAUUACAGUUACCAUUGAAGUGUGUUCGUGUUUUGUACCAAAGCAUGCAAAUAUGGCUCGCUGGGUUC